AGCUUAGCACGUCAACUCCGUCUCUGUCGGACCAAGAUGCCAGAUAAUAACUCUAUUGUAAAUCCCAAUAAAAGUUUGGAAAUACCCAAAUGGAUAAAUCAAGAAUAUUUUGAAGCAGUGCUCCAGAAAAAUGAACCAAACUGUGUGAAGAUUCUUAACUUUACACCGGUUGCAGCCAUACCACCCGGCGAAAACUUUACCUCUGUAAUGUUACGUAUUCAUUUGGAUUUGGCUAUGCUUGAUGGAAGUACCAAGCACAAAACCUAUGUAGUGAAAACGAUGCUGCCUGAAGAUCGGGGAGGCAAACAGGUUAAGGAGGUCGGCAUUUUUGAUAAGGAAUUGCAAAUGUAUAAGAAGUAUCUCCCGCAAUUCGAAGCCAUCUAUAAAGAUGCGGGAGAAGAGAUACAAUUGGCGCCAAAGUGUUUGCAAACCGAAGAACGUGACGAUGGAAUACACUUUAUCUUUGAAGAUCUGGGAGAAUUGCAAUUUCAGAAUGUCGAUCGCAUAAACGGAUUGGAUAUGGAACAUAUGAAGACGCUUCUUUACAAAUUAGCUGAGUUCCAUGCGGUCGCUGCAGUUUAUGUUGAGCGAAAUGGACCAUUUCCCGAAGAGUUCGAUGAAGGUUUCAUGACCCGAAAGUACCAAGAGAUGCAAGACUCUGCCUUCAAGUUGAAACGUGAAUCCUUUGUGAAAUCUAUGGCUGCUUGGGGUAUGGAGAAUUCUGAGCUAUACACGAAGAGUUUUCCCACUGCUGAGCAGUUUUCGAAGAUGUGUUUACGGAAUCUGGAAUUAGAUACUCAGAGUUUCAACACUCUUACACAUGGAGAUCUGUGGAGCAGUAAUUUGCUAUUUAAAUAUCAAGCUGAUGGAUCAAUCGAUCGAAUGAUCAUGCUGGACUAUCAGCUAUGCAAAUAUGGAAGCCCUGCGUUAGAUUUGCUCUUCAUUAUUACCAUAUCUGCUGCCAAUGAUAUUCGCCUGAAGGAAUUUGAUCACUUCGUCAGAAUAUAUUGGGAACGACUUGUUGACCGCCUGAAGCUUUUAAAGUACCAAAAGCCACUGCCAACUUUGAGGGAAUUACAAAAAUCCAUGUACCAUGAAAGUAACACCUUUUAUCCAUUUUUUGCCAUAUUCAAUCAUCUGCCCGUGAUACAAUUUCCAAGCGAUGAGCAAACUAGUCUGCAUUCUUUAAGAGAUGAAUCUGAGGAGGGCGAGAAAUUUCGGUGGAGACUGUUUACUAACCCCGCAUAUGCAGCUAUCAUGAAGGAUCUUUACCCCUUCUUGGCCAACCGCGGAAUCUUUCAGUUUACUGACUUUGAAUAAUCAAUGAAAAAAGGUAAACAGUAUUAAUUAAAUCUCACGACGACAACAUUGCCGAAUGCUAUUUUGUACCCGAUGACUUGUGAAACAAUAAAGACUGCCAAAGUCGUGCGUAAUCGACUGAGGAACUACCCUA